UGUUGAUGACCUUUGGAAGAUUUGUAUUGACUGGGCAGCUUUAUAAAGGUUGUGAGGAUCAGGAAUUAUACACACUGAAUCUAAAACAAGUGAGAUAUGGCGGUCUUUAAUGGUGUUCGGCUGGUGUCUCUGGCUGUGCUGGUGUUGGUGUCUCAGCUGGACUCUGCCAGCGCUGCUGUUCGGGUGUUUGGUUUAAGUGCCAGAGGCCUCACCGGUGACGGUUUUGAAAACUUUCUCGAUCCAUACCUCAAGGUCAGGUGUGGAUCUUCUUUUGGGCAGACAGAAAGUUUCGAUGAUAAUAAUAAUCCUACAUGGUCUGUAGAGUUCAACUUCCCAAACUGCAAUCGAUAUGACAAGCUGGAGGUGGAGUUGUGGGACAGUGACCUAUUUUUUGAUGAAUACUUCGGCACGUGUUCCGAAAAUGUGAUGUUUAAAGGGGUUUACUCCAUUACUUGUCGGGGCUCCGAAGAUACCCUGUUUUACAGCUACGAGUUGUUAGAAUAAACCUUUUCCAAACAGCUUUGAAACAAACUGUAUGAUAGGAAUAAAGUUGUCCAA